UGCUGAGUUUCCCCUCUAUCUGCUCUAGGCCGGUGACCACCCCGGGCUCUGAGGAUGAAGCUGAGACCACUGUGCUGGCCCCUGACCUUCCUUUUGCUGCUGCCCUGGUCUCUGGCCACUCCAACAUCAACGACCCCUUGGCAGUGCCCACCCGGGGAGGAACCCAACCUGGACCUGGGGCAGGGCACAUUAUGCAGGUCCUGCCCCCUAGGCACCUUCUCAGCUUCAUGGGGCUCCAGUCCAUGUCAGCCCCAUGCCCGCUGUAGCCUUCGAAGGAGGCUGGAGGCCCAGGUGGGCACAGCAACUCAAGAUACAGUGUGUGGAGGCUGCCAGCCAGGGUGGUUUGGGCCUUGGAGGGUCACCCGAGUUCCAUGUCAACCAUGUUCUUGGGCACCUCUUGGUAUUCGUGGCUGUGAUGGAUGGGAGCGGCGGGCCCGACGUGGUGUGGAGGUGGCUGCAGGGGCCAGUGGCGGUGGUGAGACACGGCAGCCUGGGAACGGCACACGGGCGGGAAGCCAUGAGGAGACGGCUGCACAGUAUGCGGUUAUUGCCAUCGUGCCUGUCUUCUGCCUCAUGGGGCUGCUGGGCAUCCUGGUGUGCAACCUCCUCAAGCGGAAGGGCUACCACUGCACAGCUCACAAGGAGGUCGGGCCCGGCCCGGGAGGUGGAGGCAGCGGAAUCAACCCUGCCUACCGGGCUGAGGAUGCUAACGAGGAUACCAUUGGGGUCCUAGUGCGCCUGAUAACAGAGAAGAAAGAGAAUGCUGCAGCCCUGGAGGAGCUGCUGAAAGAGUACCACAGCAAGCAGCUGGUGCAGACGAGCCACAGGCCUGUGCCCAGGCUGCCACCAGUACCUCCUAGCAUGCCGCACAUCUGCCCACAUCGCCACCACCUCCACACCGUGCAGGGCCUGGCCUCACUCUCUGGCCCCUGCUGCUCCCGUUGUAGCCAGAAGAAGUGGCCUGAGGUGCUGCUGUCCCCUGAGGCCGCAGCUGCCGCUACUCCUGCGCCCAGCCUCCUGCCCAACCCAGCCAGGGCUCUGAAGGCUGGGCCCAAGGCAGGACGCCAGGGCGAGAUCACCAUCUUGUCUGUGGGCAGGUUCCGUGUGGCUCGAAUUCCUGAGCAGCGGGCAAGUUCAGUGGUGUCUGAGGUGAAGACCAUCGCAGAGGCUGGGCCCUCAGAGGGUGAUCUCCCUGACUCCCCACAACCUGGCCUAUCCCCUGAACAGCGGACACUGCUAGGAAGUGGUGGAAGCCAUAAUAAAUGGCUGAAGCCACAAGCAGAGAAGGCUGAGGAGAAUCGCUAUGUAGUCCGGCUAAGUGAGAGCAACCUGGUCAUCUGAGGGACUACCCAGUCUGAGGACACUGUAGCCGUACCCUAGGCGGUUCUGAAGGCUUCCUGGAGGAGGUAGAGCUGCAGCUGGGACUAUAAGGAUCAAGAUGCAAUGGCCCGGAGACAACAGCAAAGGCCACAUCCUGGAGGUGGAUCAUCCGCCCCAGUGAGGAGGCAAGGCAGGUGGCCACACUGUGUGUAGGAGAUCAAAAGCCCCGCCCCUGUCCCUGCUGUCCCGGCUUUUUGCAGGAUAUCCCUGGCAUCCCCCCUCCAGUCCCCUGUGCCUGCACUUGGUGGAUCCUAGGAGCCCACAGGAUUCUCUGUAUCACCAAGGGGCUAGGUUUGGUGGGAGUAAGGGGCAUGUGCCUGGUACCCUUGACCCCCUGCCCCUGUACAGGGCCCUAGAGCAAAUGUGCCUCCUACUCCUCUUCUGGCAGGUCCUGUAAAGGGAAAGGGCAACAAAAAGCCCUGGGCUGGGAAGCUGAGUUCCUGGGUUCUAACUUUGGGCCCAUCGCUGGGUCCUAGUUUUUCUGACUGUGAAAUGGGAGAAGAUGACAUCUCAGUACCUAGGGCCUCUCAAGCUCCUUGCAGGUUCUGGGCUGGGUAGUGGAGGGUGAGGGAGCUGGACUCUUGUCACCACCCCCAUUAGUAGCUUUAUCUGGCCCCCCUGUUGCUGCUUCCAGGGCCUCUGCCUUCAAGGCCCCCAGGGGCUGUCCAUCCAUGGCUCUGCCUACAGAAGGGGCUUCAUGCAUGUGCCUGCCCCCUACUUUGCUG